CCUAAAGAAAGCCCAGAAGGAGCAAGCCCAGUAUAUUUCAGAGAUGGAGCAGAAGGUAGAGUUACUGGAAACUUUAAAACAUAAAAUACACGAAGAAAAGCAAGAAAUUGAGCAAGACCUCUCAGAUAGGAUCGUAGCUCUAGAGCAGGAUGUGGCUAGAAGGAACAAGAUCAUUGCCAACCAGAAGAAGCGUAUUGAUGGUUUAGCUAAUUCAGAGGCUUUGGAACAGAAAAAUGAAAUACUGAGUCAAAAGCACAACCAGUUGUGUGAUUCUAUUGAAGUCAUGCUUUACUGUAAAGAGACAAAUGACCCUAUGAAGACACCUUGUUUCACUACUUCAGGGAACACUGUUGACAAGGAAGUCAUGGAAAUGUGGAUACAGGAUGGCCAAAAAGAUCCAUGGAACGGGAAACCAUGUAUAGAGGUCACCAAGAACCUCCUUGCAGAAGAUCUUGGGAUCCUUCUUGAGCAGUAUAAGGCAAAGUCUCAAGUUUAA